AUGCCAUUCUCGGAGUCAGGCAGCUCCAUAGCAACUGACACUCCAAGCAUAUCAAGCUCGUGUCUUUUCGUAGGCGAUCUCCACAUUGCAGGAUACCAUUUCAAAACCACCUCAGCCACAUACGAAGACAAUGUAGCCCUCAUUCACGGUUACAAGAUCGCCACGAAGCAAUCGGUCAUUGCCAAAGUAUCGAGCCAGUCAUUUCGUCUUGAACGAGAAUUCUAUGUCAUGAAACGACUCUAUCAAUACGCGGAUGGACCAUCCCAUGUGGUACGACCAGUGGAAUACACUCAGCUACAGAAUGGCUUGACAGCUGCCAUUUACCUUGAUGACAAUACCAGCAGCAAAUCGUUCCCAAGCCCACAUGAUCUCGGCGCAUUUUUAAGAUUUGCCAUUCAAUGCACAGACUGCCUCGAUUACAUUCACCGCCACCAGAUUGUUCACGGCCAAGUGCGACUUGCUUCAAUACGAUUCUCCGACAACCGCGUCAAAAUGUGGAACGUAGUUGGAUCAUCCAGCAAUAAGGACAUCUUGUUGACAAGCGAAGGAUGGCGUAAAACGGUCAACAAGGAUGAUCUCCUCGUUUAUAUGAGUCCAGAACAAACAGGCCGCACCACCUAUUGCCCCGAUCAUCGAUCCGAUAUCUAUUCUUUGGGCAUCGUAUUCUAUGUAUUAUUGACAGGAGGGAGGCACCCAUUCGAAGGAAGAGGUGCAUUGGAUAUCUUGAAUGGCAUCUUGAGCCGUAAGAUCACGCUGGUGCAUGAAUUACAUCUUAACAUACCCGAGGUGGUGGGACGCAUUGUAGAAAAGAUGACCCAAAAAGCCCCUGAUGAUCGAUAUUCAAGUGCGCAUGGUGUACGGGCAGAUCUCAAAGAAUGUCUUAAACGUCUUGAAGCUGCUGAUGAGGAUGGGAUUACAUCAUUUCCGCUUGCACAGCAUGAUAUUGCUUCUGUAUUUACAUUACCAAAAACGAUCUACGGCCGAGAACCUGUCAUUUCAGAGAUGGCGUAUAUCAUUGAACGAUGCGCCGGCCUUUACAAACCACCACCACGAUCAUUAUACAGCGCCAACAGCAGCAAAUUGACAACCGAGACUGACAGCUUUAGUGAUGCGGCAUCAUCAGAUCGUGAUAGUAGCAAUGGACAUCGAUCAGCAAUACAUACGCCAAGCCAUGUCAGUGGUUGGGAUGGCAAUAGUGAUAUUGCAAAUACAAGCAAUGGGAAUACACGACGCAUCAAUCGAGUAGGCGCUACCAUUGCUAGUGUAUAUGGACCUGGAGGAAUCGGCAAAUCUACUUUAUUCACCGCAGUACAACCAACAGCACGACAGCAUGGUUAUGUAGCAUCGGCCAAGUUUGAUUCAAGAAACAAGGUGCCCUAUGGUGCAGUGAUCAAAGCACUAUCACAAAUCUUGCAGCAGAUUCUUUCAGAAUGUGAAGAAGAGAUGAAGCGAUUUUAUGAUCAUUUGAAAACAAGCUUGGGUGCCCAGUUCUUCAAUGUCGAGUUACUUGCUGAUUUCGUGCCUGAACUUAAACCGCUCCUGGAGAAUAACAGUAAUCGGGUCAAUCCAAGGGAGGAAAUCCAAAUGGACAACAAUGAAGCUCGUUUUCGUUUUCAUAACCUUUACGUUGAGGUGUUUCGAUCCAUCACCCAAUGGCGUAUGACUACUUUGUUCUUGGACGAUUUACAUCAAGCAGAUGAUCCAUCAUUGGAGAUUUUGCUUACAUUGGUGACAUCCAGGGUCAACAUCCUUAUCUUCGUCUCCUACCGUGAUCAGGAAAUGACCACAAAGCUUAGUCAACUCCUUGAAAAUCCUUUUGCCAACGUGCAUAUGAUUAAGGUUGGCCCACUUGACAUGAACACAAUCAUCGACUUUGUGCUCGACACGCUACACCAACCACGCAACAAUGUCGACCGUAGUAGAAUUAUACCCCUUGCCCAGGUGAUUUUCGACCGCACCCAUGGCAAUGCAUUUUACGCUGCUCAGCUGUUACGCACAUUGGAACGAAAGCGACUCAUUUUUUUCAACUGGGAAAAGAAUGCAUGGGAUUACAACUUGCAAGAAAUUCAAGAAGCAGAUCUUUUCGAAAGCGACAUGCGCGAAUUGGAUGUAACAUUUAUUGUUGCUCGGUUACGUGAACUACCUGCCAAUGCACAACAAGUCCUCAAAUUUGCAUCCUUUGUGGGAGACACAUUCUCGUGGACCACCGUCAAAAAUUUGAUGAUGAGCUCAACCGAUGAUGAAUGCGCAAGAGACAAGAUGCAACGACCCAGCUUACAUCGAUCAGGCACCAGCGUAUCAUCCGUGGGCAGUGAUCCCAUCAGCGGAUUGCAGACCGUUCUUCAAGAGGGAUACAUCAUGCCAGUGGGUGGAGACGAAUUCAAAUGGAGCCAUGAUCGAAUAUCACAAGCUGCUGCUGAAUUAGCUGAUCCAAGUACACGAGACACAAUCCAUUUGAGUAUUGCACAAUGGUUAAUGAAUGAACGUGAGAUUGAUUUGUUCUUGGUGGCUGAUCACUUGCUUAAAUCAUCACACUUGCUUUUAUCGCUGGACGACAAAAGGCCUUAUCGUCAUGUAUUAAUCGAAGCUGGCAACAAGGGAAAUUCAUCAGGUGCACAUGAUAUGGCAUUCAGUUAUUACAUGGCUGCUAUCGAUCUUGGUCAAACGCUGCCGGAUGAAUGGGAUCGAACCAAUGGUGGAUACAAUAUCUCGUUGAAUUUGCAUGUGAAUGCAGUGGCUCUCAGCUGGGCUGUGGGCAAAUACGAGGACACCGAACGACUUUUAGACAUCAUCUUUGCACACGUAAAAGAUCCACUCGAUCGGCUACCAGCCUAUCGUGUCCAAGCGCGAUAUUACUAUGGGUGUCAGCUUCAUCAAAAGGGACGAAGGACGUUAUUUUCAUGCCUUGAGGAAUUGGGCGAGAACACACAGCUCGACUUUACUGAUGAAUGGCUUGAGGAGCAAUACAACAACGUUCAAGACACAGUGGAAAGGUUGGGAAAAGAAGGCGUUCUUGACAUUCCACUUUCCAAGGAUCCUAUGCUGGUCUCAAAGAUGUAUAUCAUGGAAGAGCUGUUAACAACGUCUUAUUGGAGCGGUCACAAGCGUGAAAUGUACUAUUGGGCCAUUCGCAUCAUCUCCAUGUCACUUACUUAUGGUCCUACGAAUGGCUCAUGCAAUGCAUGGAUGUUUGCCGGUUUAUGCUAUUCGAACAAUCUCAAAAAGUUUGCCUUUUCAGAUAAACUUGGUACUAUUGGCAUUGCACUUGCAGACAAGUAUGGAAGCAACGGCGACAAAGGACGUGCAUACAGUCUCUAUCCAGCGUUUCUUAUCUUAUGGGGACAUCAUCAUCGUGAUGCGAUCCAAUGGUACCGGGAUGGCAUGAAGUUUUCAUUCUCUGCUGGUGAUCGUAUCUAUACAUCAUUCCACCAAAUCCAUAUCGCCAUUCUCAUGUUUUGCCUCGGGUAUCAUAUUGCUGAUACGCUACGCUAUGCCGAAGCAUGCUUUGAAGACAUCCACGCUUGGUCACAAUCGAUUGAUAUGAACAGCUUUGCCAUGGUCAUCGUUCGCGUGUGUAAGGCGCUCAAUGGUCACACGUAUACGGAUACGCCCCAAGUGCUUGAUGGAGAUGAUGGAUUCAACGACGAGCAUUUUUUGGCUGAGAGUUGUCGACAAAGCUCAAACCCUGAAUUGGUGAUGAAUUGGUACGAGUCCUUCAAGAUUAUUCCUUUGGUGUUAUAUGGUCAUCUUGACACCGCUAUCGAGAUGGGAUACCGUUGCCUGGCAACCAUCGAAGUGCAUCCCAACCAUCGUCACACACGCAUGAUGUUGUUUUACUUUUCAUUGGCGUUGAUGGAAAAGGUGCGAGAGGCAGCAACGCCUGAAGAAAAGCAGCCUUUGCUCAACCAAAUUAAGGAAAACCAAGAAUUGAUCCAUGAAUGGGCCACACACAGCAGGAUCAACUAUGUCAUGUAUUGGACAACCAUCGAAGCUGAAUUGACUGCCGAGCAUGAUAUACCCAAGGCUUGUCGAUUGUAUGAAAAGGCGAUUGAUGAAGCACGUGAAGGCUCGUGGUUGAUGGAAUUGUGCGUGAUCCACGAAUACGCAGGGGCUUUUUAUCAGCGUAUUGGCAUGUACAAUACCGCGGUGAUGUAUGUCAAAAAGGCUAUCGAUUUAUACAUGAGUCAUGGGUCUUAUGGCAAGGCGAGGCAUGUGAGCACCAAGUUUUCGGAUUUAUUGGCUGAACGACUUGAUGAACGACGAGAAUUACACGACACGGGUGUCCAAACCGAACCAUUGCCUUUCUUUACUACAGCAGCACAAUCCUGGAGCACGUCAUCAGAUGAAAACAGCAAUGGCAAUAAUAGUAUUGCUGCCAAUGAGCCGCUCGUAGCCGAAUCCAUCCCACACGUUACCACUGAGAAAACGCUCAUGACAUUGGAUGUUAUCGACAUUGCUUCUAUUCUCAAGAGCUCUCAGGUCAUGUCAUCCGAAGUGAAGUUCCAAAACUUGAUGACAUCCAUGAUGAAGAUCAUUCUCGAAAAUUCGGGUGCAGAUUGCGGCGCUAUUGUUGUGCGCGAUGAUCAAGAUGGCAUUCGUGCCUAUGGCAGCCAAGAGGACCCUGAAGUGGCAUACUAUGAACCACCCAAGAAGCUUUCAAGCAAACGUGAGCUGAUAUCGAGCCGCAUUGUACAUCACACAUUACACAGCAAGCAGAGCAUAUUCAUCCCCGAUGUGGAAAAGGAUCCAAGAUUUGCUGUCGGGCCUUGGUAUGAACGCACUGGGAGCAAGUCGGUCAUUUGCAUGCCUAUCAACCAUACCAAUCGCACUGUUGGCUGUCUUUUUGUCGAAGGACCUGUCGGCAUCUUUACGCAAAGGCACAUCACUGUACUUAGUCUUUUAUGUCAACAAAUGGGUAUCUCUAUCACCAAUGCCUCGCUUUUCACCUCUGCACAAAAGGCUACCAUGGCUAAAAUAAGAUUGAUCGAGAUGCAAAAACGUGCCCUUGAAGAAGUCAAACGAAGCAAAGAAGAGGCUGACAGAGCUACACGACUACGAGAGAUAUUUUUAGCCAACAUGAGCCACGAGAUCCGAACACCGUUUUCUGGUUUCUAUGGCAUGAUUUCCUUACUUGCAGAUACCAAACUUGACAAUGAGCAAAUGGACUUGGUGCUCACUGCCAAAUCUUCCUGUGAGGUGCUAUUGCAGAUCAUUGAUGAUUUGCUCAACUUUUCCAAGCUUCAAGCUCGCAAAGUAUCAUUGGAUCUUGCCCCUGUCGUGGUCGAGGACUUGGUAGCCGAUGUUAUUGAGAUGCUUAUCGUUAUGGCACUACAAAAGCAGAUCAAUGUGACAUAUACCAUUGAAAAGGACGUGCCACCGGUUGUCAUGGCCGAUUCGAAUCGCCUGAAACAGAUCGUUAUCAAUUUAUUGGGCAAUGCCAUCAAGUUCACGCACGAGGGUGAAAUAUGGAUUCGAUGCUCGGUUGAUAAAGAAAGACAAGCUAAAUGCGGGCCCAAUGAUGCUGCUUUGCUAUUUGAAGUGGUUGACACUGGUAUUGGCAUCAGCAAUGAGCAACGCAAGGUCCUCUUUGUUCCCUUUUCACAAGUGGAUGGUAGUACGACACGUAAAUACGGUGGUACAGGUCUCGGAUUAUCCAUUUGUCUUCAGCUGGUUGAGUUGAUGUCGGACACUAUUGACGUGACGAGCACACCUGGUGCUGGAUCCAAUUUCCACUUUACUAUUACAACCACGCGAGUUCCUCAGCAAGAAGCGCAACAUGCCAAGGUUAUUGCCUCACAGCUUAUGGCAUGGAGGGGUAAACGAUUGCUCGUAGCGUCGAAAUUCAAGUCGACAGUGACCAUGGUGCAACACUUGUUACCUGAAGUGAACGUGGACGGCGUAUGGGAUGUCGACAAACUACCAACAAUCCAAGCAAAUGAUUAUCCCGUUGUCAUUGUCGGUCAUUUUCUCAAACCAUGCAAGCAGCUGGACGAUCUCUUGGCCCGUGCAAACAAUGUCAUUAUGCUUCAUUAUCCUAGCAGCAGCAAUAGCAACAACAAUGGCACGAUGAAACAUCGAAUAGGGCCCAACCCUACUAUUGGUGAAAUUGAAGCUGAAAGACGACAAGAAAAGACGUCAUCCAGUAUGGUGCGUAUGGCAGUUCCUAUCCGUCGACAUAAACUUUUGAGAGCCAUGUGUAGUUUAGUGCAACAACAACAGCAGCAGCAGUCGCCCACACCGUUACCAACACCACAAGCAGCCAAACAGCCUUCCACAAUGGUCACUGAUGAAGAAAAAGCACGAUUUAGUAAAAUGCAUGUACUUGCAGCUGAAGACAAUCCAGUUGCACAAAAAGUGUUGUACAAGCAAUUGACACGUCUCGGAUUUCAAGUUCAAUGUGCCAACAAUGGUCUCGAAGCCAUCGAUGCAUGGGUCAAUCAUCCACCUGGGUAUUUCAAGCUGGGAUUCUUUGAUCAUCACAUGCCAAAAUGUGAUGGCGUGGAAGCAACUCGCAGGAUACGGCGGAUGGAAACAGAACAAUGCGUAGAAAAACGAUUCCCCAUUGUGGCCUUGACUGCUGACAUUCAAGAAAGUGCUCGUAAUAUUUCUCUCGAAGUUGGCAUGGAUGGUUACCUGACAAAGCCAUUCAACACCAAGAAUUUACUCGAAACAUUGCGUCGCUUUUGCAUCGAAGAAGAUUCAUUAUAG